AUGGUGAGCUCCGCCAGGCUCUUAGUGCUGGCGGCGCUGGCGCUGAGCCCUGCGCGCGCCUUCUUCUUCCACUUCCCCAUCGUCCGCGGCGACUCGUACAGCUACAAGGGCGACGGAGACGCGCCAGAGCACCCAGAGACGCUCUUCCAGCCAGACGACACCUUCACUGACGUAACGCUGGAAAACUGGGACCUGAGCGACGUCGCGCGUCUCAACCUGCCGCACUCGAUCCAGAAAUUGACUUUGGUCAAGUGCAAGCUGACUGCUAUACCGGACGAAGUGCGCGGGCUCGAGAAUUUGAGAGAGCUGUACGACUUUCGAUGGUCUCGGCUUAUCGUUUUUUGA